CAUCCCAACCACAACCUCAUGUUAACCCAUGAACAGAUGCUCCACGUUGGCCUGAAAUAGUUCUCAGACAUGUCGCAGCUGAAAGCGGCCUGCAGCCUCUCCCAUGUGGCAAUGCUAUGCCAACAGCUGUCCACGCUAUGCUAACACCUGUCCACGCAUGACGCUGCACUGACAUGCCCCAGAGGCCCCAGCAGCCGGUGGGACAUUUAAACUUUAAAGGUCCAGUAUGGACAGAUGGGUGUGUUCAUGCUUGGUGGGAGUUUGUAUGAGCUGGAUUCUCACACAGUGUGAUCUGCUCUCCUACAUCGUAUCACACCUUCCUUCAUCAAAACCUGCAGGACAUCGUCUACCAACCCUCAGAGUUCCCGUUGGAGUUGGAUUUGCCGUCUAUCUGAUCAUGGGUGCGUUUAUAGCCAAGAUGCUGCUUCCCACCAUCAGCAGCCUGGUGUUCCUGCCGGCAGCCAGCGUUGCAGCCAAGAGGGGCUUCCACAUGGAGGCCAUGGUCUACUUCUUCACCAUGUUCUUCACCACGAUUUACCAUGCAUGUGACGGUCCGGGCCUCUCCAUCCUGUGUUUCAUGCGCCACGACAUCCUGGAGUACUUCAGCGUUUACGCCACGGCUCUCUCAAUGUGGGUCACACUGAUAGCUCUGGGAGACUUUGAGGAACCCCAGCGCUCCAGUAUAACCAUGUUUGGCGUGCUGACCAUCGCUGUGAGGAUCUACCAGGACCGCUGGGGGUACGGGAUCUAUUCUGGUCCAAUCGGAUCGGCCGUCUUUAUCAUCACGGUUAAAUGGAUGCAGAAGAUGAAACAGCUGAGAGCGGUUUACCCGGAGAAGACGGUGUACACGCAGCAGGUCGGUCCAGGCUGCUGCUUCGGCGCUCUGGCUCUGAUGCUGCGUUUCUACUUUGAGGAGUGGGACUACGCCUACGUCCACAGCUUCUACCACCUGUCUCUGGCCGUGUCCUUCGUGCUGCUGCUGCCAAAGAGGAACCGCUACGCAGGGACGGGACAAAACGCCGCCAAGCUCAGCUGCCUCACGCUCUGCUGCUGCACCAUGUCCCCCGGUACUUCCAAAGAGAAGACAGAGAAGCCGAAGAAGAAGUCGUCCCGUACGGUGUGGACGGUCUCUACCGAGAAGCCAUGGGUACGAGGGUGUAGCACACCCACCCUGCCUCUCUUCAGCCCCCCACCCUCCACGCCUGUCAAAGGGACCAGCAUCAGCAAGCUGAAAGAGAUGAACGGCUGGAAGUGAAGCCAAACAGACGUGUGGGUCAGUUGGACCAGGGAGGAUGGAGGGUGGAGAUGAGCAGGAAACUCACCACGAACCUGCAUGAGGGUGGUGAGUUAAUCUACCUAGACGUCCCCUUCUACCUCAGAAACAAGUCUGCAGCAAAUGAAGAAGAUAAAGAAGCAGAAGCGACCUGAUGCAGUUAUAAAACCCAGGAAAACAUGAUCCUGGGUGCCCUCAGAGACCUGAUGGUCCAACACACCUGUGUGAAGCACAAGGACAGAUCAGCCUGAACGGGGAGCUGGUGGCUGAGACCAGCCGGUAAAACUGCCUGGAGAAUUUAUGAGAGCAUAUGGUUUAUCCCUCAAAAAUAUAUAAAUUACCUCUAGAGAUGUUCCUCAGGGGAGAGCCUUCAUCUGCUGGUGUCUUUCUUUCCUCCCCUCCUUCUCUGCUCUGUCUCGGGAAGAGAAGCAGGAAGCUUCCAGGAAUGAUGGGACUGUAAAGCAGCUUUAAUGGUCCUGGAGGUUCCAGGUAGCUGCAGACGUCAGGAUGUCCUGAUGCUUCCCGGGUCAUCAUGUGGGCUCACCAUCCGAAGUCCAGCUUCCAUUUCUGCCCGUUUUCCUCCAUCCAGACUGUUUAUUAUCAUUAUUUAUUUCUUUAGUCAACUUUGUGUCUUACUGUUGUAAUCUGAAUUAAAUUCAAUGUUUUUAAGCCU